GCAGUCGGGGCGAGACCGAGGCGGGGGCCCGGGGCCCGCGGCGGCCGUUGCUGGCUGCGCCGCUUGCCGAGGGCCCCGCUGAGCCGCUCCCAGCCGUCGCGGCGCGGGGCGUCUCCUCCCUUGGGCAGCCGGUCCCGGCCGCGCUGGGCUCUGCGCCCACCGCCCGGCUGCAACCCUGGCGCGGCUCCUUCGGCCUGGGGCGCGGCUGAGCCGGUGCUGGGGAUUAGACCCCGCUGGGGCUGCGCGACGUGGGUGUCGUACGUCGGCAUUUAGAGUCGCCGCAGAGGAGCCAAGUCCAGACUUUGGAUUGCAGUUCUCUAGUGCAGAAUAACUGAGAGAAACUGGCAGAGACUGUCACUCAAACUCUGUACGCCUGCAGAGAACUGUUAGGAUGGGCAAUAGUGCAUUAAAAGCCCACCUGGAGACAGCACAGAAAACCGGCGUGUUUCAGCUAACAGGAAAGGGACUUACAGAGUUUCCUGAGGAUCUGCAGAAGCUAACAAGCAACUUAAGGACAAUAGACUUGUCAAACAACAAAAUAGAGCUCUUGCCACCACUCAUUGGAAAAUUUUCCUUUUUGAAGAGCCUUGUUCUAAACAACAACAAACUGACUGCUUUACCUGAGGAGCUAUGUAAACUGAAAAAACUGGAAACACUACACUUGAAUGGCAAUCACUUGAGGCAGCUACCAGCUGCGUUUGGACAACUUUCGGCUCUCAAAACCCUGGGCCUUUCUGGAAACCAGCUUCGGGCUGUGCCUGUGCAACUCUGUGGUCUUCGCCACCUGGAUGUGGUAGAUCUUUCCAAAAAUCAGAUUCAAAAUGUGCCCGACACUGUGGGAGAUUUGCAGGCUAUCGAACUCAAUCUGAAUCAGAAUCAGAUUUCCCAGAUCUCAGUGCGGAUCUCCCACUGUCCACGCCUCAAAGUCUUGCGUUUAGAAGAAAACUGUCUAGAACUCAGUAUGCUUCCUCAAAGUAUCCUCAGUGAUUCCCAGAUCUCACUGCUUGCAGUAGAAGGCAACCUUUUUGAAAUCAAGAAACUCAGAGAACUGGAAGGUUAUGACAAGUACAUGGAACGAUUUACAGCUACAAAGAAGAAGUUUGCAUGAUCAUUAUUCUGACCCUGUGUAUUCCCAGUAAGAAGAGUUAGUGACUGAAGUACCUGCUUCACUGACUUAAACCAUGACUGAUGAAGGAGAUCAUCAGAGCACUCCUCCCUUAGUAGUCUGAUAUGGUCUGUUAAAGCCAUGUCGAACCAACUUGAACUAGAGAACA